CUCGUUUUUGUACCAUAUUGAUAUGCAAUAUCUCUCUAUCUUGCGCGAUACAAUAGACUAAAAGUAAAUGCAUGAAAUUUGUUCUAAUUCAAAGCGAGAGAAACGAUAUGCAUGUAGUUCUGGCCUCGUAUAUAACAUCUGAUGUGCGUAUUAACCUGGUAUUAACAUAGAUGUAAUGAAGUAUAGCGAGACUGGUUUAAGCUUUAUUGCACUGUCUGGGUUAGAUCACUCAGCAUUUAGUCUCCAGUGUGAGAACAUUUUUUGCGCAUGCAGCUAUGUGCUACCAUCGAAAUGCAUUCAACCAACACAUCAUUUGAUGUUCUGUGUUUACUUUCCGAGUUGAGAGGUUUUAACGACGAGAUAUGGUGCACAGUUACAGAGAGUAAAAAUACUCUCACGUCUCUUACAUCACUUGAUGUAUUUUUGGGUACCUUGGACUGGGGGUAGUUACUAGGUGUCGUCUUUAGUCCAGGGCAUAAUAAUUGUCCCUCCAAAUUGAACGGUGGGCACUUGUAGCCUGUGCUGAAAAACGGCUAAUGCAAAGCUUCAUCAUUACCUGUGUUAUUCCAUGGAUUUAGACAGUGAAUUGUGAAUCAUGUGCGCGAAGCGAUAGAACCAAUUGCACCCCAACAUGACGGGCUGACCUUGUGUCGCGGUGGCAUGGGGGGGACAAAUGUGCCCGCUGCUAAAAGCGCAGCGGCGGCUUCAACGAGAGAACGAAGUGCAGGGGAAACUACCGGCUUGGGGUAAUUCCAAUGUGUCAAAUGAGAAGUGCGGCAAAACACCGAUCGAUAGAAGCUAUUAUUUGGAGUGAGUGCAUCCAGUUGAAAAAUGUGGAAUGCGUUUGGAAAUGGGUCAGGGUUGCAAGGAAGUGGAAGGUAUGUGAGUAAAGCACAGGGCUGGGAAUUUGUCCCGUGCUCGACCAGGUUUGAAAAUGAGAGGGGCAGAGGGAAAAGCCGUAGUCCGAUCAGGACUCUGUCGUCCCCAGCCUCAAUCGGUCCGUUUUACGAACAGCCGCUACCUGGACUUGGAGUGACAUCGGAGGCGGGGGCUCGACAGCAAGCCACCCUGCACGAGCUGCAGACUCAAAACACUCGGCUGAAAAAGAAAUUCGAAGACUUAAAGAAACGCCAUGUACAGGAUAAAGAUGAAUGGAUGAGGGAAAAAGAACUACUUUUGAGACAAGUUGCUGACAUACAAGGAGGGGAAAAUAGAAGGAUUCUGUUGGAUCUGAAAUCCGUUUUGGAGGACGUUCAGCUGGAGGUAAAGAAAGAAGAGACAAAGCGGAACGAUCUGCAGCUGCAGUACACAAAGGAUCGGUGCGCAUGGGAUUUAGAACGAGCAGAACUGAAAUGCCGUAUCGCGCAGCUUGAAGCGAGGGGAAGUAAGGUGGUUGUGGAGGCGCUGGUGACCCCUGACCCCCGAGAGACCCUGCAGAAGGAGCGGGAGGAGCAGAAGAGGCUGCUGGCUGAUACGCACACGGCGGCCAUGGAUUUGCGCUGCCGGCUGGAGCACAGCGAGAGGGGGUGGGUGCGGGAGAAAUCCGAGCUGCUGGAGCGCUUCGACGCAGAGAGGAAGGAGUGGGAGAGCCAGCUCAGGGAUAUGCAGAGGAAGAUCGAGGAGCUGUAUGAUGAGGUAAAGACCCGGAGGGAAGGGGUGGUUAUUGGACUGGAUGCUGGGAUGCAAGAUGGUGGUCUAAGACUCAGCUUACAGUCCACAAGCACUGCUUCCAGCAUCCUGACCGACCCUCCUGAUCUCCAUAGCUCCAGCAAUGGCUCCAGCAACCAACCAAAUCACCUCAGCAAUGGAGAAAAUGAUCAUCAUGGCAGCCACUACAGCGAGCCUCUUGAUCAGGAAAGCCAAGGUUAUGGUGCAGCUGCAGACCGAUGUGGUGUCAUUAGUCAGGACCCAGGCAUGGCAGAACUGGAGCUAAUCUUGCAGGGGUGUUUGAAGCAGGGAUUUGAGAAAACCCCAUUGCCCUCUGGGCAACAAGGCAUGACGGAACUGGAGCACAUCCUGCAGAGAUGUCUGGAACAUGGGUUUGAGAGCAGCCCCUCCCCAGCCGUGCACCAGGCCUACGUCAGCUCCCCCAGCAACUUCUUCUCCAGCAACGACAGAAAAAGGAACACCACUGAGCUCAACGCUGCUCUAAGGGAGAUCGCUAGAGUGAGUGAGGAGUUAUGCAGCUACCAGGAUGAAAUCAGAAAAAAGGCAGAGGACAAUUGGAGUGGAAUGGAGUCCUUGUCUUUUCUGGAGGAGUUUGAAGCGGUACAGAAUGUGAAAAACAUAGCCGGGAAUGUCGAUCCUCUCUUUGAUCUGAGCCAGUGGUGCAACCAGUUCCAGGUCCCGGAGGAACGGAACUGGGUCAACUGGGAGAGCACCAACCAGGAUCCCAACAAGGCAGAGCAGACCGAGCCCCCGAUCAGGAAGAGACAAGCCCCGCCCAUUCCUCCCCGUACCACUUCCUGGUAUCUCAGCAGCCCCUCAGCUCCCAAGCUAGAAUUUCCUGUCCCAGAAUCCUUCACUGACAAGAAGUGCCACAGCCCCAGUGUAGUUACAGAUAAGAAGUACCCUUCCGUGUUGAAGAAGUUUGGGGAGAUGCUGCAGGAGAAUGAGGGGUACACCCUGACAAAUUCUGGGGUUGUGGCUACUCCUGUGCCUAUGGAUUCCAAGUGCAACAUCGGCUGCUGCCACAGCAGCUGGUCCUGCAAUGGCAGCAGGUUCGGCAGCAGCAAGUCGUCCACGUACGUGCCUGUUCAGAAAUGCCAAUCAGAUGCCAAUGUUCAGGAAGCAGAGACAGACUGUAAACCAGAGAGCAUGCAAUCUGAUAAUCCAAAGUGCCCUGGGGGGCAGUUCCAGCCUGUGGACAAUGACAUUGACACACUGGAUUUUAGGGUCCCCUCCUCAGGUGUCCAACCUCCUUACCCAAAUGCAAAAGGCCCUCGGAGAAAUGCGACUCUGGAGCAGAAGACUGCAGAGUUUAACCGCACUCUGUUUCAAGUAGAGAUGGGUCAUGGGGUCGAGGACAGCAUAACACCUGCUGAAGUACCUGUGAGUGGCAGGGGUAGGUGCUCUCCCCAGCACUCUGAGAUCAAACUAAGGGAUGUGACCUCUGACCUCCCACCCCAGUAUCCAGAUUUUACACCCGAGGUCAAGACAUCUGACCUUUCAUCUGAAUACCCUGAGAUCAAACCCAAGGUCACAACCUCUGACCUCCCACUUCAAAAUCUAAAAGACAAGAAAUUGGAGGCCCCUGCUGUAGAGAGUAACCUCUCUGCUUUCACACAGUAUGUCCCGAGCAUGGUGCGGGCCAAGUCCCCAGGAGUAAGGACAGGGACCGCAGUAUGGCAGACGGAUAAAGUGAGAUCAGGGAGUUCUACCCGGGGACGUAGCAACAUUGGGUCAUGGGUUCUAAAAGACCAGCCCUGGAAACCCACCACUCUGGCUGCUUACCCACGACCUGCAGACUCCAGGUCCAAUUAUGGAGCUGUGGAGAAAAUUCUGAAGAGCUACGAGAGUUCUGAUGGGGUCCAGUGCUUUAUGCAGUGCCGUCCCAGUCCAACCCAGGAGGAUGACCUCAUUGAGCUGCUGGACAACCUAGAGGUCAAGCAGCGACUAUCCUCUAGAGAAACAACAAGCACCAGACCAGGCUUGCGCAGAGAGACAGUCAGUACCAUGCAGGAGAGCAGAGAAUCCUAUGUGUCUGUGAAGAAGAGCUUCUCGCGCCCUGCCUGUCCUGCCAACCGACGACUCCCAUCCCGAUGGGCCACCCGCUCCCCUACAGCGCCCUCUGCCCCCUCGACCCGCCCCUCAGUCACCAUUCAAACGCGGACUUUUUCCUACUCCAACCACAGAGAGACUGGGAUCAUUUGACCCUUGAGACAAGAGGUGACUGAAGUCCAUUCAAGACUAAAGGAGAGAUGCCUCUCCAGAUUCUUAACCAUGCCCUCCCCCCCUGUAAAUACCAAUCCAAGACUGUUAUUUCUACCCUGCUACAAAGUGCUUUUGCUGUGUGGUCUCUGCACAGCAACAUAUUUUUAGAAGAUGAUGCAUUACCUAAAGAAACUCUAAGCGCUGGCAUGGAGUCUCCAGUGUUUCCUUGGCCUCCUGUUCUUCUGUACCAAGCUCAGUCAUUACAUUCAACACCUUUUUCUUUUUCUUACAGUUUACUGAGUGAUCGCCGUGUUGUACUCCUGUUUAUCCAUCGUUCUGUGCAUGGCUCCCUGUUUGUGGGUGCACGUGUCUGUGUUUGAGUGUAUCAGACAUUAUAUAGGUCAUUGCUAUCGAUAAGUAGUAGUUAUACAUUUAUCUGCAACUUUAAUCAACAUGGUAAUUAUCUGAUGUCCUUAAGCUUCAUUAUAUUGAAUUAAGCCUUUUAAAUGUUACAGUAAUGUAGUGAACUGUUCUGGAAGUGAUGGCUUUACUGUGCUUUUCUGAUAAUAAAUAUUGCAAUGUAUUUAACA